CUGAUUGGCUCGCAGGCUUGUGACGUCACUGCGAAGCGCCGGUUCUGCAGUUUGUAAAGUUUGGCGUGUCGCCCUCGGACCGAUGGACAGAAGCGAGCGUGUGUCUCGCUGAACGACGGGAGAACAGAUGGAUGACAUCAAUGUACUACACCACAGAUGCCUCCUGAAUCUAAGGCGUCGAAUCAGAGAUAUUGGGGAUGGGCGCCCCGCGCAGGAACGAUACAUGAGGCUGCAGAAAGAUGGAGACAUGCUCAGUUACCAAGGGAACUCUGAAGAAGUGGGUUGCUAUGUGGCUGGCCAUCCUCUGUCAAAGGGAAACUGUUACUUUGAGGUGACGAUAGUGGACACUGGGGUGAGGGGAACCAUUGCUGUGGGCCUGGUGCCUAAAUUCUACAGGCUGGACCACCAGCCUGGCUGGCUGCCAUACUCUGUAGCUUACCACGCUGACAACGGCAAACUGUACAAUGGAAACCCUGUGGGGCAGCAGUUUGGACCAAAGUGUGCUCGAGGUGACCGCAUUGGCUGUGGAAUACACUCCGAAAAUACAGAAGCAGAUUUUUCAACAGUCUUUUUCACCAAAAAUGGCAAAGAGGUGGGUUCAGUGGAUGUUCCUGUGUUGGCUGAGGGGCUGUUCCCCGCUGUAGGGAUGCACUCCAUGGGGGAGGAGGUGAAGGUUGACCUGCAGGCUGAGUGGUUCCUGGAGGAGGAUGAGAGUAUGAUGAUGGUUGACAGCCAUGAGGAUGACUGGGGUCGGCUUUACGACGUCAGGGUGAGCGGAACGCUCUUGGAGUAUGUUGGCAAAGGAAAGAGCAUCAUGGACGUGGGUUUGGCCCAGGCCCGUCAGCCUCUGACCACCCGCUGCCACUAUUACGAAGUGGAGAUCGUUGAUGCCGGGGAGAAGUGCUACAUUGCUCUGGGUUUGGCAAGAAGGGACUACCCCAGGAACAGACACCCGGGCUGGAGCAGAGGGUCGGUGGCCUACCAUGCAGAUGCAAACAUCACAGGGCCCCGCCUCAGCUGGAUGCUGAGGUGCCUCGCACAAACAGAGAUCAAGGAGGCUUGCAGGCAGAUGAAACGGACAGAACGCAGAUAA